AGCUCCGGCCUUGCGCGGGCGGGGCGGGCCGAGGCUGGGAGGGGAUUUCGUGCCCUGCAGUCGGGCCUGAAGUCGUGGGUGCCGCUGUGCCGCUGCGAGCACCGCUGCCGCCACUCCGUGAUUGCGGAGAGGAAGAUGGAGCCGGUGACCAUCGCUCUUGAUAGCGGGGACCGGCCGGAGGCCCCGGCGGGCUCAGGCCUGUCAGCUUCCCAGCGCCGGGCUGAGCUUCGGCGGAGAAAGCUGCUCCUGAACUCGGAGCAGCGCAUCAACCGCAUCAUGGGCUUUCACAGGCCGGGGAGCGGCGCGGAAGAAGAAAGUCAAACAAAAUCAAAACAUCAGGACAGUGAUAAACUGAACUCCCUCACCAUUCCUUCAGUUUCAAAACGAGUAGUGAUGGGUGAUUCGGUGAGCACAGGAACAACUGACCAGCAGAUUGGUGCGGCUGAAGUAAAAGGGACUCAGCUGGGAGACAAAAUGGACUCUUUCAUUAAACCACCUGAGUGCAGUAAUGAUGUAAGCCUUGAGCUCCGGCCGCGGAACAGAGGGGACCUGACUGCAGACACUGUCCAGAGGGGUUCUCGCCAAGGCCUAGAGCAGUACCUCUCCAGAUUUGAAGAAGCAAUGAAGCUAAGGAAACAGCUGAUUAGUGAAAAACCCAAUCAAGAGGAUGGGAACACAGCAGAAGAAUUUGACUCUUUUCGGAUAUUUAGAUUGGUGGGAUGUGCCCUUCUUGCUUUUGGAGUCAGAGCUUUUGUUUGCAAAUACUUGUCCAUAUUUGCUCCAUUUCUUACUUUACAACUUGCGUACAUGGGACUAUACAAAUAUUUUCCCAAGGGUGAAAAGAAGAUUAAGACAACAGUCCUAACAGCUGCACUUCUGUUAUCUGGGAUUCCUGCUGAAGUGAUAAAUCGUUCAAUGGAUACCUAUAGCAAAAUGGGCGAAGUUUUCACAGAUCUCUGUGUCUACUUUUUCACUUUUAUCUUUUGUCAUGAAUUGCUUGAUUAUUGGGGUUCUGAAGUACCAUGAAGCCUGCAGAAUUCAGAAGGCAGAAGCUCACAAACAAUUUUUCUUCUACACUCAGUGUCUCUAAAGUAAGCAAAUUGUUUACACCUUUAUGUAAUUCUUCUGCAAAACCACUUAAAGUGGAAUGGCAGAUUCCCCGAUUUAUUUAUUUUUUUCAAACAAGUUGGAAGUUUAUUUCUCUCUCAUGAUGCAGCGCAGAAUUUGGCAGGCAGUCAUGGCAGGUAGGUCUCUGUCCUGUAAGGUCGUUAGAAACCCAGUUGUUUUCCUUAUGUAGAUUUCAUUAGGAUAUUUUGGCCUGACAGUACCCCAAAACUCAACUCACUCUGCACACUCAGUAAGGUGAUUUGUUAAAUAUUAUCUGGAGUAGUUUCUAGAUGGGUUACAGGAUUAAUUUAAUGGCUCAACAAUGCUAUUAAGAAAUAGGUUUCUUCCAUUUUCUGCUCUUCCAUGCCCAGUACAUCCUCUUUAGUGAAGACUCCUCACAGUUCCACAAUUUCGGGAGUACAACACAGCUAUGGCAAUAUCCAGUAGCAGAUGAGGGAAUGUUUUCCUGCAACAUCUUUUUUUUUAAGUUAUUGAAGGCCCCCUCCCAUCCCAUUGCAGUCCCUGUCCAUCAGUGUAGUAAGAUGCCCCAGAGUCACUAUUUGCCUUCUCUGUGCUACACUGUCUUCCUCAUGAUCCCUCCCACACCAUGUGUGCCAAUCAUAAUACCCCUCAAUCCCCUUCUCCCUCCCCACCCGGCAGGUUCCCUGAUUUAAAAGGGUUGAGUUUGUAUUAAUACUGAUAGUGAAGAAUAGAGCAUCAGUGUCAAUUGAUUUUUCUUGUUUAAUUAGAAUUCCUAGUUUACACCUUUCCCUAACUUCUCAGAUUUGUAAUUUCCUUUUUUGAGGCUAAGCUAGUGCGUUUAGGAGAGCAGGUGAACAUGGUCCCAGUCAGGCCCAAGGAUUGCGUCUUGUGUUUGUGGUGGUCUGUCCUGAGAAGUGGAGCCAUUUUAAAAAUAAAAUGAAAGAAACUGAAUUGUCUAAUGUUAAGUCUGCACAUUUACCUCAUAAGGGCUGAAUAAAGUAGCCAAAUUAAUCUCAUUGAGUAUCUUUAUUUUUACUCCAGCACAGAUAUUUAAUGGAAGAAAUGAUUAAUAUUCAUACUUGUGAAAUUAAUAUUCAUGAAAUCUUUAUUUUAACUUAGGAAAAUUUUCAUUACCAAACUCAGAAUUGGAAAUUUUCAUUUUUUAAUUUUCAAUUUUCCAAAGUAUCUUUUUAAGCAAACUGGAGUAGAAUGAUUAGAUAUAAAAAUGUAAUUUGAAAAAUUGACGUAUGCAACCUAAAAGCAUUAAUACCCUUUUAACUAGAUAAUACUACCAUAUUUGGAAGGUUUGUCUUCUUGAGUAUAAAACAUGAGUGUUAUAUUGCUUGGAAUUACAUUUCCUUACAGAUUUUUGUAUGGUCUAUUUGCUUAAUCCUUGUGAUAUUAAAAACAUAACAUACUUUUUAACUUUA